AUGGAAGCAUACCAACCUGUUUGGGAAAUCUCUCUUUAUGUUCAUGCUUUAAGUUUAAGUGGAAAUAGUUUUAGUGGGAUGAUUCCUAUCUUUGUUUGUUCGUUCACCCGCCUUAUGGUCCUUGAACUUCAAGUAAAUAACUUGAAUGGAAGCAUACCUUCCUGCCUUGGUAAUCUUUCUUCUUUACCAUACCUUUCUCUUCAAAGCAACCAGCUUAGUGGAAGCAUACCGGCUUCUCUUGGAAGUCUCUCUUUGUUGAGGGAGUUAUAUCUUCGAGACAAUCAACUGAGCGGUAACAUUCCAGAUUCCUUGGGGAAUCUUUCUUCUUUAACCGACCUUGACCUUGAUGACAACCAACUUAGUGGAAGCAUUCCGACUUCUCUUGGAAGUCUCUCUUUGUUGAGGGGGUUAAAUCUUUAUAGCAAUCAGCUGAUCGGUAGCAUUCCAAAUUUCUUGGGGAAUCUUUCUUCUUUAGCCGACCUUGACCUUGAUGACAACCGACUUAAUGGAAGCAUUCUGACUUCUCUUGGAAGUCUCUCUUUGUUGAGGGGGUUAAAUCUUUAUAGCAAUCAGCUGAUCGGUAGCAUUCCAGAUUCCUUGGGGAAUCUUUCUUCUUUAACCCACCUUGACCUCAAUUACAACCAGCUUAGUGGAUGCAUACCGGCUUCUCUCGGAAGUCUCUCUUUGUUGAGGAGGUUAUUUCUUUAUAACAAUCAGCUGAUCGGUAGCAUUCCAGAUCCCUAG